AUGGGCGUCCAUUGCAUUACCGGUAGACGAGUUGCGGUGAAAAUCGUCAACCGGGAAAAAUUAAGUGACAGCGUGCUCCAAAAGGUUGAGCGCGAAAUAGCAAUUAUGAAGCUUAUUGAGCAUCCACACGUUCUUGGCUUGUAUGACGUUUACGAAAAUAGACGCUACUUAUUUUUAAUUCUGGAACACGUGUCAGGCGGCGAGCUCUUCGAUUACCUUGUUAAAAAAGGACGACUCUCCGUCAAGGAAGCAAGACGCUUCUUCAAACAAAUCAUAUCUGCCAUCGACUUUUGUCACAGUCACUGUAUUUGCCACCGUGACCUUAAACCAGAAAACCUUUUACUUGACGGCAAACUCAAUAUUCGAGUUGCUGAUUUCGGAAUGGCUUCACUUCAGCCCGAGGGAUCGAUGCUGGAGACAAGUUGUGGGUACGUUUGUACUUUCAACUUUAGUGAAUGUUUGGGGCAAAUUGUCAAAAACAUUUGUUUUACCUUAAAAUUCAAAAAUUCAAAUGCACACAUAGAGUCGAAUAUAGAUUUCGUUCGUACUGGACAUAAGUUGUUUGAGAGAAUAUGA